AUGCUGGUGGGCUACAGCAGCAGCAGCAGCAGCAGCAGCAGCAGCAGCUCGGCCUCGUCGCCCCCCGCCUCGGGCGACGAAGACGGCUCCCCCGCGGCCCAGGAGGCGGCCACCCAGGCGGGGAGCCCCGCCGCCCUCCCCGCCCCCAGCAUAACAGCUCCCCGUCUUCCUGUACCAGACAGUGUGCUAAAUAUGUUCAGAGACCAGGAAGAGGAUACGGUAGUGGAUGACCCCAGCAAGCAUGGAGGCCGGGUGCGGACCUUUGCGCAUGAGCGAGGCAACUGGGCAACCCACAUCUAUGUGCCUUAUGAAGCCCAGGAGGACUUCUUGGACCUGCUGCAGGUCCUCCAUGCGCAUGCACAGACGCACGUGGCAUCGCUGACAGCCACGGCUGAAUUCCACAUCAGUCUCUCGCAGAGCGUGAUUCUGCGCCAUCACUGGAUAAACCCUUUUGUGCAGUCCCUCAAGGAACGCCUGUCCUCCUUCCACAGGUUUAUCUGCAGGGCAGACCAAGUGAAGAUUUACACCAAUGAUGCUAAAACCAGGACGUUUGUUGGCUUGGAGGUCUCUUCGGGGCAUUCCCAGUUCUUGGAGCUGGUUUCUGAGGUGGACAAAGUUACGGAGGAGUUCAAUCUAGCCCCAUUCUACAAGAAUCCGUCGUUUCACCUCAGUCUCGCAUGGUGUGUUGGAAACUUGUCUGAAAAACUUGAAGGCCAGUGUCUCCAGGAACUGCAGGAGAUUGUGGACAAGUUUGAGGAUUCUUCCUACCUUCUCCGAAUCCAUGUGGCCGAUGUCCGUUGCAAGUCUGGCAAGAAGGUCUUUUCCUUCCCUCUACGAUAGGGGCACAUGAGAGCAG